AGUAAUAUAAAUAGAAAAGAAAAUGGUACCAUCAAAUUCGACAAAGUAUACUUUUGUGAGCAGUAGUACAAUUUUUUCAUUUAUUUUUUCAGGUAUUCCGUGGAAAUUUGGGAGUGGAAGAUUCAACAACCUGAGAUCCGAGGACCUGAGCAUGUCCGGCGGUUUGAAAUGGACAGAUGCGUGGCAAAAAUGGAACAUACCAUCGAUCAUGUGGCGACCUGGUGCAGGACUUGGAAAAGGUUUUGGAAAUAUAAACCCGUUGCAUCCCGAGGGUUUCAAUUGUCCCUCAUGCGGUAGAGUAUACAAACUUAAGAGCAGCCUGAGGAAUCAUCAGAAAUGGGAAUGCGGAAAGGAACCACAGUUUCAAUGCCCUCAUUGCGUUUACAGGGCGAAACAAAAAAUGCACAUCGCACGGCACAUGGAACGUAUGCACAAGGAAAAGCUUUAUAAACAACAAGAACUGGUCUAAGGGAUAGCCCUCGUCGACUUGAAAGUAUUUUUUUUUCCCACCGUCCUAAGUUUUUUUCUUUUCUGUUUUUUUUUUUUUUCUCUUUUUUUCAUCUCUUCGUCGAAAGUGGUAGCAAAAUCAUGGGAGGGAGAGGGGCGAAGAAGGAAUUUGUUUACGUUUAUUUUUAUUUUAUUUGAUUUUAUUUUUUUUUAUUUUCAUUGAC